UUCAUAGGUAAAUACUUGGAAGGCUGUGCUCCCGAAACGUGAUAUUCGCUUGCUCCCGCCUGCCCCCGCUUCGCCGCCUCGCUCGGUCGAACGAAAGGAACGAGUAGCGACAGACUAGACUGCUAGAAUGGCAUUUGUGCGUUAAAUUGUUAGUUUUUUUGUGUGAACAAGUGCAUAUUUCUCACAGUAACGUCUUUACGCUAUGACCUUUCUUGUAAUUAUGCGAUCAUCGGUUACAUAGUGCUACGUUAUGUGUCGUUUAAAAACGUUUGUGUAUCGUGAAACGUGAAGUGACUGGAUCCGGGGUGGCGAUGUCCCUUGGAUUUUGUAUCGUUGUAUGCUGCAAUAAUGGACCGAAUUCCCACUAACGUUGUGUGAAUUUAAAUUAUUCGGUUGCGACCGGCAUGGAUGAGGGUCUGCUGAACGACCUUCUUGAGUGCUCCGUGUGCCUGGAGCGGCUCGACACCUCCUCAAGAGUGCUGCCUUGCCAGCACACGUUCUGUUUAAAAUGUCUCAAGGUUAUAGUGGAAUCCCACAAGGAGUUGCGAUGCCCAGAAUGCCGCGUCCUGGUAGAGACAAAGGUCGAGGAGCUGCCCCCCAACGUGCUGCUCAUGAGGAUCCUGGAGGGGAUGCGGAAUAAUGUUCCACGCAAGCUACUGUCGCAACGGAUCAUUAGACAUGCACAGGGGCAGCCUCAGCAGAGCGGUCAGAGCCGGGACAAGCAGCUACCGCCGCACGGUCGCGCGCUCUACGACUUCAUCUCCAAGGAACCCGGGGACCUAUCGUUCAAGAAAGGUGAAACAAUAUUGCUACAGAAGAAAUUGGACGCCUUCUGGUACCAAGGAGAGACCUCCGGCCGGACCGGGGUCUUCCCUAUCACGUACCUGCAGGUGAUAGUCCCACUUCCUGUCCCGACGGCGCUAUGCAAAGCGCUCUACGACUUCCGAAUGUCCGCACCGGAUGAAGAGGGCUGUUUAGCAUUUGAUAAAGGGGCGAUAAUUACGGUACACCGGCGAGUGGACGAGAACUGGGCGGAGGGUCGGCUGGAACAGCGAGUCGGGAUCUUUCCCAUCGCCUUCGUGGAGCUCAACCAGCCCGCUCGCCAUCUCAUUAACAGCCCCGCGCUCGGCCGCCCCGUGCCGCCCGUGCCGCCCGGGCCCGGGCCCGACCACCACCGGCACCACGCGCAGCACUCCCACCGCUACCAACCGAUGUCGGUGUCAACGCCGACCACAAACAUCGGCAACUACCAAAACAUGCCGGCCAUGAGCCACUCCCACCCCAACUACCACUCUCCCCCACACAUCCUCCCACCCCAACACAUUACCCACAACCUCACCCCCAGGAACAUCUUAGAACCCGCCCAGACUAAACACUCCCUAGACCUAAUACACUUCACGAACGUACAUAAUAAAACACACGGAUCGCAAGCCACUAUGAUGCAAAGCGUAUCAAGAAUAGGGGAAAACUACGAUCGACUCAGAACAGUGAAAUAUGACAGCUACAACACCACACCAGUACACAAAGCUGAUACAACAUAUCAAAACGUCAGAACGCAUGAACAUUUCCCCGUUUCCGUGGCCAACUUCAACGCGAACAACGUCAGUUCGGAUUCAAGUUCUAGUGUGAAUACAGCUUCAGUUGUCAGUUCAACGACAACUCCUAAUACCAGCUCCAACGAAAGUACUUGUGAAAGCGCCGAACCGAGCCUACCGAGCUCCCCCGAUAAUAAUACCGAGCGAAAUGCGACCGUAAUCGCUUCUACUACGACACAAAAUCCAACUGAAGAAGAAAAUGAAAACCCCGAUUCGUCUCUCAACGCGUCUAUGGGAGUUCUAAGUUUAAACGAGAGUUCCACCGCGACGAAUACUUCUUUGAACGUAUCGCUACCGCCCGCCGAGAGUCCAAAAUUGAAUGUAUCCGCGAACAGUAAUUCUACGGCGAAUCAUAACGAUAGCCAGGAAGGUCCAAGCAAUUCUGAACCUUCACGACUCGACGCUCCUUCGUCUUCGAAGAUUUUAAACCGGCCCAGUGGCCCGGAUUCUUUACUAAACUUCGGUAUAGGGCUGCAGGCGGCGCUGUCGCCGUCUCACGGGAAAGACGGGAACUAUAUGGUGGCGAGGAACCAUAGAGACCAUCAUCAUAGGGAGAAGAGGCACAGUCUGACGCCGUCGUCGCAUUUGCAAGCUAACCAUUCUACGCAAAACAGGCAUUCGGCGGAGAUCCUAGCGACGAGCCUGCUGGACCAGGCGGAGCCGGAGCCGCGCCGCCGCCGCCGCAGCAGGAGCGGCGAGCGCGAGCGCGCGCUGCCGGCCGCCUACGUGGCGCUCUACGUCUACAAGCCGCAGAAACCUGACGAGCUGGAACUCAAGAAAGGAGGUAUCUACAUAGUGACGGAGCGGUGCCGCGACGGCUGGUACAAGGGCCGCUCGGAGCGCUCGCAGCGCGCCGGCGUGUUCCCGGGGAACUACGUCGCCAGGGCCAAGCACGAGAAGGCACAGGUUGCUGCGCCAGCUGCGGUAGUGAAGCCGCUGGCGACGCCGUCGCCGUCGCCGACCAUGCUAGCGCCGCCCGACGCGCCGCCCCGAGCGCACAGUCCCCUCGCUCAAGGUCAACCGUUAUCUUACCCUUGGAGUUCCAGUGUUCAGAACCAAAUUCAGCAGAACACACCCAAAUCGGACAAGAGCAAAGACAAGAAAGGCGAAAAGUCCAUAUCGACCGGCGUUAGCUUAAUGAAACGCCUCGCCGCCAUGAAGAAAUGCAAAUCCCCACCGCCCGUCGGCUACAGUAUGGACAACCCUGUAUUCGAGGACGCCGCUUCAUGCUCGCUCACCACGAGAUUACAACCGCAACACGUCAGGUCUGGCUCGUGUCCGUCGCAACUGCUGCGCGCGCUGCCGGCCGGCGUGGGCGCGGGCGCGGGCGCGGGCGGCGAGCGUCGCCACAAGGAGCGCAUACUGCACGACCAUCGCCUCAGUAGAGUGAACACCGAGAGCCCGUGGCAGUCGCAGCAUCGCAAGUCGCAGUCGCUCGAUGUGACGGCUACACGGCGGGACAGGCACGCGCAGCCCGUCAAAGAGAGAUUUCGCUGCAUAGUUCCGUACCCGCCGAACUCCGAUUACGAGCUGGAGCUGAAAGUGGACGACAUCGUCCUGGUGUCCAAGAAGCGCGGCGACGGCUGGUACAAGGGCACGCUGCAGCGCACCGGCCGCACCGGCCUCUUCCCGGCCUCCUUCGUGCAGCGCGAGCCCGAGCCCGAGCCCGAGCCCGCGCCCGUGCCAAGGGACUGACGCAGGCCCGCACACACACACACCACGCCCAGUAGGUUCGGCACGCUGUAUUAAUAUACGAUAAGAUAAUGUCACAUUAUGUAACGAUCAUUCGAAAAUUAUCCUUAUAGUAUGAAUUUUUUCAAAUGAUUUUUACGCCUCACACCCUAAUCUGUAAAGCGAAAGCCCUUGUUUCUUUUGUUCAGCGGUUACCGAUGCUACCGCUACUGACUAUUUAUACAACCGUCCUAUUUAUAUGGUUCAAAUUUAUGUAGCGGCUCCGUAUUCUGAGGCCAUUCAGGCAUUCGUCCUUCAUUACCCAAACUCGUUAUCUCAGAAUGAGCUGUUACAUGUUGAACCUUAAUACUCUCACGAUAGUUGCUUUUUAACGACAUGGUUGCUUUGGCACGCGCUCGGAAUGCGACUAAGGUGCUUUUCCAUAAAAGAAACAAAGGCUUUUGUUUAAGGCCGUUCCAUCGGUUUGCCGCUGUCUCUGUCACAUUUCGCAAGAAAGAACGGGAAAGAUCAUGCGCGCCAAGUGUCCAUUUUGAUCGAAUUUUGUCGAUUUUUAUUUAAUUUAAAAACGUUACCCUACAAUAUCGAAAUUCGAAAGCUAUGAAAUUACCAUUUAAGUUAAGAUUGUUUUUUCUUAUUUUUUUUGUUUAUAGUAUCACAUAAUAAAUAACCGAGUAAAGUUGGAUUAAAAGUCCGAGUUAGAGGUUACUUUGGGAAUUAAUUGUAUCGAGCGAAGUGUCAUAAUUCGUGUAUCGGAAGCUAUGAUAUUAAAGAUAAUAUAGUCAAGAACUACAUAUAUUUUUUCCACGUCUACGAUUAUCAACGCCUCUUAGAAAAACAUGAUCAUAUAAGGAGAUUUUUCGCCUUCUGGCUCAGGGAACCGCCUUAACGAAUUAGGGUCUGAGGCCUAAAAAUCAUUUGAGAAAAUUCAUAGGUUAACCUUUGUACGUUAAGGUACAAAGGUAUUUUAUUGCGGACCUGACGGGCGGAGUCCUGCUCAUCCCUGCCUCGUUCGUGCAGCCUUCGCCGUAGGCCCGCGCCCAGUCGGUUCGGGACGAUAUACUUGACAUUGAUAUUGUGUACGUUUAAUAAAGUGGUUAGUUAAUCUGAUUCAGAAUGUCUGCCAAGUCAAACCAGUUUGACAGCACUGGCUUCCCUCGAAUGCGGGCUGACCCGCUUUAUUGAUGAAACAUAUGAAAAUGUUUAAAAUGUACUAUUUGUAAUAUUAUCACGCUCAAAUGAUCCUUAAUGUGUUACGUUAUAGGCCAUCCACUAAAGCCACCCGUACAAAAGACUUGUUUAACACUUAGAUUGUAAUAGAAAAAAAACAAAUACUUUGUUCAAGUACAAACGCUUGUUUUGGCUGGGAAUGCAACCAAGAACGAACCAUCGAUGCGUUUAACAAUAUUUGUUUCACCGUUAUAAUUUGUUUUAUUUAUCAUUAAGUGUUAUUCAAGAUGAUUCUUUGUUUUUUUUUAUCAAAACUAUGUCAGGUUUCCAGACUUAAUAUUAAUUGAUAAAACUUUUAUACAGGGUGGCUAAAAAUAAGUGCAUUCCGUGCGUGCCAG